AUGCUCCAUAAAUUCACAGCGCUUCCCGGUGUGGAGGAUGAAGAGAUCAACGAAAACAACGACUCUGAUGGGCUGGAUCUUGUGCUCGUAUUUUUGGGCCUGGGUAAUUUUUGAUUAGAGACAUUUUCGGAAAAUUCGGAAAAUGAAAUGAGAAAACGACUUUUUCCGUCAGGCUAAAUGAUAAUCCAUUCUUCAAUCUUUAACUAAGAUGUUGUAGGAUGGCUCCUGGCGUGGGGCUUGCACAUAGUUUUUCGCCGACAUGUCGAAGGAUACCGAAUGCAAGAACCGGACCAUGAUGAGUUCGAUGAUGUCAGCGACGAGGAAACUAACUGCGGCUGCCAAGACUGCGUUGGCCACGGCUAUUAUUCUCGUUGA